CGACAUGUGGACGAAUGGAGUUCCACCGAACAGUUAACUGUAGUACUCAACAUGCUGACAUGCUACACUGCCACUGCCAAGUUGUCACUGCCACCAUCUUACUAGUUGUAAGCUAUGAUAAAUUACUUUCUGUGACGCGAGCGCGAUUUCUCAUUAGACCAGCAUAAUAUGACAAAUCAAUGGUCCUAACGCGAUCGAUGUAUUCGAAAAGAGAUAAAAAUAAAGUUUGAAAUCAGGCCCAUUCCAACUGAAGGUCACAAUGUGUUUCGUCGCAAAUCAACAAAAAUCGCUGCGCAUACAAUUGCCUACUUAUGCCAUUCUCGUAGCAGAGAUGAUAGAAUUCAAUCGAAAAGCGUGGCUUACUAAUGUGUGCCAAAAGUGAUAACCUUUGCUGGCACUGACCGUACUCCACUCCUAACAGGAGGUUGUUGAAUUGAAAUCAAAACACCGGGUGCUUCGCUAUCUCUUCCGCCGUUUUCUCGUUGUAUUUACGUCAACAAUUUGCCGUUUUUCAUAACGAACGACAUACGAACUGAUGCACGGGGGCAUCAUUCCGUGAAAAGGUGUUGUCCAAGAAGGUUCUUCUACCAGUGAUAAUUGAAGUAAGAAAUGUAUAGCCUGAAGCGCUUUCUGUGUGCCCUGCUGGCCGUCGUUGUGCUGCUGUUCCAGCUAAGCAGCGUUGACUCUGCUCCGUACAACGAUAUUCUGCAGCCAACGAACGCACCGGCUUCUCGGCAGCUCGUGAAAAAUUUACUCAAGCGUGUUGUUGGCGAUAAUUCCAACUCCAACGACAACAGUGAUUCAAUCGAAAGCAGUGAAGAGCGCCAGCCUCACAGGCAGCCCCAGCGUUAUUAACCAGCACCCUGAUGGAUGGCGCAAUUUCCACUCCAUUUUUGCCCUUCAAUGGACGUUCGUUUGCGUGUUCAGCGUGAGGCUGGAAUUGCAAGUGCAGGGCACGGUGACUGUCAUGGUUUUGCGAAAGCGUCACUCCGUUCAGUAGUGCAAGUGCGUUGCUGUGCAAAUGAAUAAACAUGUUCAAACGAUGGGCACCGAGCGUUAUGGUUACGGUACUGCUUUGUUCUUUGUUCGGUCAGCUCGAAGGUAAGUUCAACGGAAGAUUGGGAGCCCGAUUUCGUCCGAGGCACCGGAAGCCGACAUUCUCCUGAACCUCUCUUCACACCACUCCAAAAGGAGGAUUUCACUUUUUCACGAGUGACGAAACAGCAUCCGAAAAUGGUCUGCCAUCGAAGCCUGCGAACGAUCUACCGUACAUGUGCUCCGUACGGUAUCUGGGAGUGCAUCGUUGUAGUGCUACCAUAUUGAACCCGAGCUGGUUGUUAACUUCCGGGCACUGUGUCCAGGACUGUGAGCCGAAACUCGAUACACUCUCUAUUGUAUGCGGUGUCCGCAUGUACCGGACCGUGGCUACGGUAGUGCUGCAUCCAGCGUACAUCAUCCGCCCAACCGGUGGUAACGAUUUAGCCCUGCUGAUGCCGAGGAGAGCACUCAAUUUUACGAGCUACGUUCAACCGAUUCCGGUGCCCAAUAGUGUGCUACUUCCGGCGGGCGCCACUCCGAAAGCCAUUAUUGCGAGCUAUGAACGAGUUCACUCAGGUGCGGAACCGGUUUGGUGGAAUCCUCCAGUUCAGACGACCGAAGUGCAGAUACUACCGUGGUACGAAUGUCAACGGCGCCUGGGACCAGCUCUUGCCGAUUAUCUCGACACCUCGAACAUCUGCACCGAUAACCCGGCCACGGUUGAUCCCGGCGGACCAGUUAUGAUUGCUACUGAUUUGCAGCCGUACAAUCUGGUGGCCAUUGUUUCUUGGACGGUGGCGCCAUGCGACGGUCGUGCCGUACACAUUCUAGUAUCGCCACACCUGGAUUGGAUCUUGGGCGCUAUCGCACCGCUCAAUUAACGCAGUGAUAAAGCAAAUGCCGAACGUGACGCAGAUUAGUAUGUGUCGAUGGACGAACAGGUGUGCCUACCUACAACCAAAGAAUAUAAAUAAUAUUUUUGAUUAGAUAUCGAGGUGGGAAGAGUAAAAACCUGGUUAUACCACGGUGCGUGCCACUUCAUUAGAGUUUGUCAUCAACAUGAAACCACUCACGGUCGUCCUGUGGAUUGUCGCUUUGAUCCUUGUCGCCGAAGCGGCACCGGACCGUCGCAUCUUUGGUGGGCUGGAGGCGCUACCUGGCGAGCUGCCGUAUCAGGUGUCGAUCCGGCGUGCCUUCCUGACCACCAGGACGCACAUCUGCGGCGGCAGUAUCAUCAACCAACAGCACGUACUAACCGCGGCAUCCUGUUUCGGGACCGAUCUGGAUGCUCGCUACGACAUUGUUGCCGGUAAUCUACGGAUCGAUCAGGAUGCCGAUACGCAACAAGUGCUGACCGUCCUGUGGAUCCGCACGCAUCCGAACUAUGAAGGUGGUGCGAGCUCUUCCGACGUAGCUGUUGUCCGUGCCACCUCAGCAUUCCUGUUUAACAACUUGGUUGGUCCGAUUACACUGCCACCGCUCAAUCAGGCAGCGACCGGUGUUGUCCGAAUCGGUGGUUGGGGUUCGUCCAGUACGAGCAUCCUGCCGGGCAACAAUUUCUCCAACACGCUGCAGAAGGUUUUCGUGCCGAUUCUUGGCUUCGAUCAGUGUGUCUCGGUUCUCGGUGGACCCGGUGGUCCGUUCGAUGAGCGUAACUUCUGCACGGGUCCACUGACUGGCGGCAUCUCGACGUGUACCGGUGAUGCUGGAGGAGCGGCCGUCCAGGAGCAGCCCAACAAUGCGUUCCUGCAGGUUGGUAUCAUCACGUGGAAUAUUCUGCCCUGUGGCGGUAUCAACGUACCGUCCAUCUACACCCGAGUGUCUGCGUUCUCCGACUGGAUCCAGGCGAACUCGGUCCUGUAAGUGUCCGCUUUUCGCCUCAUGAAGAAACAAUAAAUGAAAUCUAUGA